CUCUCUCUCUCUCUUCCACAGCCCCUACACCUCAUCCUUUUAAACGUAAACCGAUGACCAAGUCUGAGACUAGGAGUGGAUCUCGCCGCCCCGGGCUCCUCUGUGAGAAGGAGUCCAGAAAGCAAGGGGGUCUGCUCUGAACCUCGUGACUCAACGGGAGGGCUCUCCUUCUGACACAGUUUCAUGUUCCUUUUUCUGCUUCUUUUUCUACACCUCCCUUCUCUUUUCAAACAGCAGCUUAAUGACAUGAUGCAAGGUUCAUAUUGAUAAGUUCACUUGUACUUGGACAAGGUCAGCUAGGUUGAAUGAAUGUUGAUUGUUGUUUAAACUCCCCUGGUGUCGUUUCACCUUAAUUCUGACAAAGAAAAGCCAUGAACCUGAGUCACUCUAACCUUGGGACAUGACGAUGUCAUCUUUGAGAGCUCCAAGCUGGCCGCUGCUCCUCUGAAAUGCUUGUAUUUAGGAAAAAAUAAAUGUUUCCUGCUGUACUUGACAUUUUCUUAUUAUCUAUGCAUGUUUAAUCCCUCUUUGUGUCCUGCUGAGCUUCUGAGAAAGCAAUUUAGAGGCUUUAUUCCAAGGAAAAUCAAAAGUUAGCAGGUAUAAUUAGUACUUAUACCAGGGCACAUGUUACCUUUGAUUAUUAGGAAAGGAAAAUGGGAAUAUCGCUGCUGACCUUAACUGUGCAGUAUUUGAGGACGUAACUCCUGUUUACGCACUUAGGUCACACCUCUGCUUUUGGUCUGCCUUGUCGCAGCUGCUUGUGUGUCUGUUGACAAAGCGGCAACUCUUGCAGAUGGUCAGAAGAACUUUGGUCAUUUGCAGUUCACGUCAUUCCCUGGCUGAUGUGUGUGACCUCAAUGCAAAGCCAAUGCCAAUCGUCCACUGAACUCAGUGGCAUGACUGUAGCUUUGCCCCAGAAAAAUUAAGAAAACUUUAUUUCUUUAAAUUGAUAUUUUGAAUCUGUUUCUCAGGGGGACUCUAGACCUACUUACCUCUCUCUGCCUCAGGGCAAAUUGCUUUUCCUGAUCUAUGUGGCUUUAUAGUCUUGCUCUCUUGGUGCUGUUUAGAUAAUUAUUAACAGACCUAAAGGAGGUGUCAGAUGAAUUUUGAUGUAAUAACUAGGCCUUAUCACAGGAGUUACCAUGGCCCUACCACCGUGCAAUAUGAAGGAGUAACACAAGGGUCAGCGGUGUGAACAGAGAGACACUAGAGCCAAUCUGCUUACCAUGGCAGAACACAGGAGGAAGUUCAUGCCACUGGUGGAAAUCAGCACUUGCAAAGUAGAGGGCUGCAGUUCGACUGAUUUGGAUCACAGACCUUGACUACCUUCUUUUCUUCAUGUGUUCAUUUCAGGCGUGUGUGAGAGGAGCGCCAGGCUGCAGGCUCCUGUAGCCCACGUUGUUUGGGUCCCAGGCUUUUGUGUGAACCUCGUUUGGAUCUGCGCAGAGCCAUGAGACACCGUGCCAGUCAGGUUAAACAAACAACUCUCUAGGACACGAAGCAGCUAACGCAACGACAAAUAUGUGACUCAUAGCCCCUCCAGCAAAAAGAUCGGGAGAAGUUUCUGGGUUGCUGCAAGAGCCCCACAGGACGCAAAGAAGAUGAAGAUGGGAGGAACCUGGCUGGGUCUGUCAGCUGGACAGCACUUGCUGGCUCUGGGACAGAGGCACUUUUCAAACAAAUGGAGAAACAUGAUGGAUUUCAGAAAAUUCAGGCUGUUUGUUUGCCUCAUAGGACUCAGCUGUGCUAGCUUCUGGGUUUUUUACAACAAUUUGACUGAAUUCUGCAUAUUCUGUGAAAACAGCCAGGAUUACAUAUUCCCCAUAGAGACUUUUAGGAGAAUCGGAGGAAACUUCUUGCAGCUCCCGGAUAUAGACUGCCAUAAGAACCCUCCUUUCCUCGUCCUGCUUGUGACAUCCUCGUACCACAACCUUAAUGCAAGGAUGGCAAUCCGGCAAACCUGGGGGAAGGAGAGAACAGUCGCCGGCAAGCGCCUGGUGACAUGCUUCCUCCUGGGAAGCACUGUGAAUCUCAGCCAGCAGGCUGAUAUUGCUGCUGAAAGCCAGCAGUUUAAAGACAUUAUUCAAAAGAAUUUUACUGACACGUAUUACAAUUUGACUUUGAAGACCAUGAUGGGAAUUGAAUGGAUUCACAGAUUUUGUUACCAGUCCAGCUUUGUGAUGAAGACCGACACAGAUGUGUUUGUCAAUGUUUUUUACCUCACUGAGCUUCUUCUAAGGAAAAAAAGGACCACUAGGUUCUUCACAGGCUUUUUAAAACUGCAUGAAUACCCCAUACGGACAAGAGGGAGUAAGUGGUAUGUGAGUAGAGAAGAGUAUCCGGAAAAGACCUACCCACCGUUUUGUUCCGGGACUGGCUAUGUUUUAUCCACCGAUGUUGCUAGUCAGAUCUAUAAUGUUUCAGAGAGUGUUUCGUUCAUUAAACUGGAGGAUGUAUUCAUAGGACUGUGCCUUGCCAAAUUAAAAAUUCGGCUGGAGGAGCUUCAUUCAGAGCAGACGUUUUUUCCAGAAAGGAUUAGGUUCUCUGUUUCUCGCUUUAAGAAAAUUGUGAUGUGCCAUGAAGUAGAACCAUCUGAGCAGCUGAGCUACUGGAAUCACUUAGUGACAGAAAAUCACGGAGGAAGGCUCUAGCACCUUCCCUGCUUGAAUUAACAAACUGAAAUGCUCUGCAUUUACAGGGCUGCCCUUGACUCCAGCAAAACUCCCAAUUAACUGUAGAUCCAUCACAUUAAAGACAUUUUUAAUGGUUAUUUUAAACUCUAUUUCUGCUCAAGAACGUGCAAACCUCUUUUGCUCCCAUUCACUCCCACCUCUGUAUAUCCCUUCUCUACAUGUUGCAACUAUUAUUUUUAUCUGAAAGUUGCAGGCCUGCAAACCUGCCCUCCAGAUCUUGCUGUUACAGGACUGGGAACAUUUCUGCAGUGCCAACCUAAAAGUGAAAGUACUUUUGUUCAGAGAAGAAAAUUUGCACCGUCUUCCUGGUCCCCUUUGGUAGAUUACUGAAUUUGCAGCCAUCUGUGCAGGCAUUCGAGAACAGGUAGCUGUCAGGAUGUUCCCCUGCUGGCAUAGGGAACUGCAGCCCUGCCCUUGCAGCCAGCUCUGUGUGGGCAGAACUGCAUGCUGGCACAGACCCCUCCAUCAGUCUACACAAUUUUUUUUGCAGAGAUGGAAGAAUUUGCCCAUGCAGCGCUCUUGGGACAACCUUUGGUACUGCAGGUCACCUGGUGAAUGUGUAAGGCUACUGCAACUCUUUCCCUAUAUAUGCCUCCUCCUGAAAAUGAUACGUGGUAGAGCCAGAUCCAUGCUCAGUGGAGAGUGUCCUUGUCUUUCUUCUGAAAUACACCCCGGAGACAUCUUUUACAUUUGUGCCUCACUUUGAUUGUUUGCAAGCUGCUGUAAAUGGUUUGCCAAGGCUAAACAAGAGUCACUUACACUGAGCUAAACAGUACAUCUGAUUUAGACAUUUUUCCCUAUGAGGAACUGGGUGUGUAAGGGAGAAGGCAGGAGGAUUUUUCUCUUUUAAACAAGACCUAGUGGGAAAAUAUACCCAAGUAAUCAUUCAGGCUCGGAGCCUCCUUUCUUAUUUCAUUACCAAGUAAAGACUCAUUAAAUCACUAGGAUGUUUGUAGGUUUCAGAGAUAAGGAAUUGAGUCUUUAGAGUAGAUGCUGUUAAAAAUACAUUUGGGCUAUGGGAAGGGAGAAAGGAGUUCAUAAAAUCAUGCCUUAUGCAAUACUCCUGUUUGAUUUACUUUCACACAAAGAAAAGGCCAGUUUUAUCAGCAAAGAAGUAUUGAAUGCCUAUACUAUGUGUGAAAUGAAUUUUUCAGAGAGCAGCAAAAGCAGGGCUGCUCCCUAGGGGAAGAUAAGCCAGGAGCUGAGGGGAUCCAACAGCCAGGAGGGCUCAGCCCCAGACACUCAUGCGAGGGAGCAGUUCAGACCGACAGAUAGUGGCCAUGUCCAACCAAGAGUCCCGAUCAUAAGGCAGUAUCAUGGUGAUGAGGUAGGUUUGAGGUCAAGCCAGCGAUGGCCGGGCCCUGGUGAUGACAGGUGGGGGUCAGGAUCGGGCCCAGUGAGGGGACCCAGGGCCAGACACUGCACCGGGAUAGCAGGGCAGGGCAUUGGGGAUGGGGACGUAUACUGAAUGUGGUAAAAAACAUGGAGGAAAGACAGGGAAACAUGUUUUAUUACUUUGGGGUUAUUUGUUUUUUAUUAUUUCUUUUCUUUUUAUUGAAGUUUGUGAGGAUUGUCCAAGGGUCUCUUUUUACUUGCCUGUGUCUGAAGAGCAGGAUAAAUAUUUUCAGCAGGAAUACGCCGCAUCCUGAAAAGUGUUUAAUAAUGGUAAUAAUAUAUUAUUUAUUUUCUUCUGAUGUAGAGUAACCUGAGCUCAUGCACUUAUUUUUGAACAACUGAUGAUGAAAGAAACAAUGUUUAUUUGGUAGAAUAAGUUUCCCAUUCAGAAAAUAGGUGCAUAUAUGGUGUUUGCAGGGAUAUGGCUGUCCAGGCGGUCGGGUGGGUAACCAAGGAGGUGUUUGCCUUUCCCUAGCCCAUACCCUGUGCCAGGGGGUGGGCAGCCCAGCUCUGGGUUGAACAGCAUCUUUCUGCCUCCCAUGCCAACUUUGCAGGCGUAUUUGCCCUUGGACUCAAAGCCCUGCUGUAGCACAUCUGCUUUUGUUGUUGCCUUCGGUAGGUGCAAUGGGUCAGACUGAUAAAGCCUAGCAACAGCAUUUUAAUCACUAUUCUUUCCAUGUAACCUGCAGAAAUGUCUUUUUGCCAUUCAUUGCUAUUUUACCCAAGGUGCAAGCUGGCUAUUGCUUUAAUUUAUGGAAAGAUGUUGAGCAUAAAGGAAUGCUUCCUGGCCUCUUCUAGCUCCCUCUUUUGUGGGGUAGACGGUCUCUGAGCUGGGACAGCAUAAUGCAGCGUAAUGUUCAUCCUCACUUCUUCUUGUUCUGAGAGAAAUAAUCCUGCAGUCCCUUGUGGGUCUCACUUCCACCUCUGUGCCUGAUGCCAACCUUAUCUUAGCUGGCAGGACCAGUCCAGCUGUGCAGUACCAGGGAGCCUGUAUCUCAGCAGAAUAGCUAUUCUUUUACGUACAGAUGUGUUGACUUGUUCACCUCCACUAGGUGUUGAAAUCCAAGUAGUAUGGUGGCACGUGGCUCCUGGGAUGGUGCAGCUGCUGGUCUUCUGUCAGGCUGAGUUCGUGGCCAAAGGGUGAAGUCUCCCAUUAGGGAACAGUAUUUUGGGUUGCUUCCCUGAACAGUGGCUGCUUGUGAGUGGCACUAAAAUAUGUCUUACCUGAGCAGUUUGUAGCUUUGUAUCAUCAUAAAAAAAGUUACCCUUGAGGGGCAAGUUCUGCUAGACUUCCUGACUGUGGCUUUUAUUUUAGGUCAGGAGUGUUCCUAAUUACUUGAACAUACCUACUGACUGGGAAGGUGGUGCUAUUCUUUGUUAAUCACAUUUGCAGAUGCUACCACUAUAUUUUUGGGGCUAAAUUCACAGCUACCAUGGAAUUGGGAAUGAGUUCCUCAGGCAUGUUUUAAGAAACCAUCCCAUUCUGGAUACUGUUUCCAGGGAGUCUACUUGUAACUCAGUAGCUCAUGCAAGAUGCCUCUCUUUAUUACUGUAUUUGAAAUAUUUUGCCCCCACUGAAUAUAUGCUGUUAAGUGUCUAAUGGCCUGCCUAUCAUCUGAAGCAUUUGGGUUAUCACUGCUAAAUCUCUGAUGAGGAGGAAAUAAGUACAGCUUGAAAUGUUAUGGAUUCAGAUAGACUGUUCCUCUCCUUUUUGCAAAUUAGCUUCCCAAGUGAAUGCUUUAGCUUGCUGCACAUUAUUUUCCUCAACAUAUGAUUUUCUUUGUGCUCGCAUAAAUUAGAAAUUGAUUUCAUAAUUCUCUCCAUUCAGUAGGCUGCUUUGAAUAAGAAUAUAGUAAAUGAAUAAUUAAUUACUUAAAAUAUAAAGUUAUCCUGCUGGAAAAGGUGAUUUAAGAAAAGUAGAUGAUUGCAUGUAAGGCAAAUUCAUUUAUUUAAACAAAGCCACUGUGCUAAUCAGUUUAUAUGUAUCAGCUAAAUGAAAUUAGCUUUUGCAGCUUAGGCCUCAGAUCAUGACUUUUAACACAAUCAAAAGAUACUAGUGGCCUUCUGCCAAAUUAUGUGUAUUUUCGUACAAAAGACCAUCACAAAAAGAUUGGAAAUAUAACUAGAACUGUAAACACAAUACUGCAGUGUACAUAUACUUAUUUUUAAAAUUUUGUAUAGGCUAAUAAAAGAAUUUAGGUAAUUUUGGGGCAGUUUAUCUGUAAAAGUAGUGCACUAUCCUACAUUUUUAUGCUUUCUGGGUCAGAUGAUCACUGUAUCAGUUUUUUACGAAUAGCUUUGAAAAGUUACUCUGAAAAGUUACUCCAUUGCUUCUCAUUUAGUAGGAAGGAGUGUAAAAAUCAGCAGAGCUGAUAGUGUCUUAGAGCUGGUUAGAGUUGUGCAUUUCAGCAUACUCUUUCUUCCAACACAAGGUCAGUUUUUGAAUAUAGAAAAAUGAAUGCAUUUUUCACAAAUCUAACUCAUCAGCUAACACAUUCUUAGUUUAGGUUAGGAGUUUCAAAAAUGUCCAUGAAGCGUUUGGUCACACAUCUCAUCUGGUUCGGUAUUACUGAGGAGGUAUAACCCUUCUAGGCACUUUCGAGAAUACAGAUUUUUGUAAUGAAACAUUUGCCUUACAUAAAAGCUGAAUGGAACACAAGGGCUAACUGUCUGCAAUGGAUCUGUCAGGAAUGCUGCUCUUCUUGGAUUUUUGCGGGUUACUAUAUAAUGUAAAUAUAAAAUGCGUGACAAUAUUUGCAUUAUUUGCAUAGAACAUGAGAAUGUUGAGCUAGCUAUUCAAUGUAUGAUAUUUUAGUAAAGUAUUUUGUUACCACA